AUGGUCUCGCUCAGCCAGCAGGAAGUAGACAUGCAGUGGGAUGAACACUAUUCAAGGCUCUUUGUACAACCCGUUGCACCCUUCUCAACAGAUUUACGACAGUUUUCCAUUUCUGAUUCAACGGACAACUACAAGCUUUUUCUUGGAGGACCAGCUACCGGAACCUUAGGUGACAUGAUGCUUCACGCUGGUAAUUCUGCUCGUGAUCAGUCUGGGAUGUCAUUUAGUACCCCGGACAAAGAUAACUACGGGUAUAGUGGAUUUAACUGUGCUGCUUAUUGGAAAGGAGGCUGGUGGUUUAACGUCUGUCAUAAAGCUUACCUCACUGGUCCCUGGAAUUCAAAUGACUGGUUCAAUCCUUGGUCUCCUAUAGUUACAUCUGAAGGAGACAUUGAUGAUGAUUAA